CACAUCCGGCGGCUAUAAGUGCGGCGAGUGGCUACAAUCCGAUAAGAUCUGGUCCGGCCGCCUCCGGGUUGUGUCGUGCAAGGACCGAUGUGAGAUCCGGUUGGAAGAUCCCAACUCCGGCGACCUCUUCGCUGCUUGCUUUGUUAAUCCCGGUCAGCGGGACAACUCUGUUGAGACAGUGCUUGACUCUUCUCGAUACUUCGUUUUGAAGAUCGAGGAUGGUCGGGGCAAGCACGCUUUCGUAGGCUUAGGUUUCGCUGAGCGAAAUGAAGCUUUUGAUUUCAAUGUCGCAUUGUCCGACCAUGAGAAGUACGCCAGGAGAGACCAGGAGAAGGACACCAGUGGCGGUGGCGCCGAUAUCAACGAAGAGAGCCACAUUGAUAUUCAUCCUGCUGUGAAUCACAGACUGAAGGAAGGUGAAACCAUUAGAAUUAAUGUGAAGCACAAGACAUCGAGUGGAACUGGUAUGCUAUCUGCUGCUGGCUUGUCAGGGUCUGGAACUGGUAAGCCAAAAACUUUGAGCCUUGCUCCACCACCAACUGGAGCUGGGAAAAUCAGGUCUCCUCUUCCACCCCCUCCAAAUGAUCCAGCCGCUCGGAAGCUAUCUGCCAGUGCAUGCCGUGAUGUUGGUCAUGAGGUACAGAAGGAUAAUGUAAGGCAUGCAACCGAUCCAUUAUCAGAUCUUUCCCAACUUGAGAGAAAUCUUCCUUCUGCUCCAGGUUCGGCGAAGACAUCGGCAUCAGGAUGGGCAGCAUUCUGAUCAAUGUAAACUGGUGUUUGUUAUCAAAAUAUCUUAGAUUGACGUUUUUUCUGAAGGUCGAGCAAUCUUCAUUUUUUGGUUCAUCUUUGAGGGUGGAAGGGGAGAAAAGGGGUGAAAGGGAAGUUAUAAAUGAUAAUACCAUAUACCAUCUUGGAAGAUAAUCUUGGAAUACAUGUAUACACUUCUCCGGUUAUUUUCCCUACCUAAUGGAGAUAUUUAUCUUGGCUUGUCUCUGUA